UACAUGCGAUUAGAUAUUCGAAAUAUUGAGUUUGUUCCAUGCAUUUAGUAUGUCAUCGAAAAAUUCAAAAUCGCAGCCGAGAACUCUUCUAAACGAAAUGUGGCGUAGCCUUGUCAGUAUAAUCUGUUUAUCGUUCAUAUUGUUUGAAGUACUUCAUUCAGGGGUGUCUUCGAAAAGAUAUCGUCGAGUUACUGGUGGUAGUCUUAUGGAAAUUAAGGACAUGCCGUUUUUAGUUUCACUCCGAUAUAAUGGAUCAUAUUUUUGCGCUGGGAGUAUCCUGAGUAAGAGGUCUAUAAUAACAGCUGCAAGUUGCGAGAAACCCGAAGUGGAGAGAAUCAAAGUCAGAGUGGGUUCCAGUUUCUACAAUAAAAAAGGAAAAACAAUAAGAGCCCACGAGUUCAUACCGCACCCAGACUUCGACAACGAAACAUUGGAAAAGGACGUGGCCAUCAUUAUUCUCAAAGAAGAGAUGCGUUACACGACAAACAUACUGCCGGCAACGCUCCCCGAAGCUGGCAAAAAGGUUCCCGAAUCAGAGGAGUUCGUGAGGAUUGCCGGAUGGGGCUACACCGACCCAAAAACGGACAUAAAUUCAUCAGAAGAAAUGAGAUCGGUGGAAUUGCCAAUAAUGUCGCAGGCGACUUGUAAAAACUGUUACCCCGACAGGGAAAUCACGGACUUGGUGUUUUGCGCUGGUUAUUUUCUCGGGGGUAAGGGGCCGUCGACGGGAGACAUAGGUGGCCCUGUUGUUUACAAAGGUCUUCAGUAUGGGAUUGUUUCCUUUACCGGGGACGCUGGCGCUUACCCUAUGAGCCCUGCAAUAUUUACAUCUGUUCAGAAAGUGAGAGAAUUUAUACGAAGGUACAGAAAAUAAACCUAACCUCAAUUCAUAAAUCAAACCAAGUGAAGUGAUACACAUUAACUUACUUUGGAUUGUUUGAGAACACGGUAUCUUAUAAUUGUAACUCUUUUGAACUAUGGAACAUUAUAAUGUUUAGUUUGUAUGGGGAUUUAGAGUUGACACAUGAAUCAAACAUUCAGAAAUAUAUACACACCGGUAAAAUUAGGGCAACGAACUAAAAAGUUUAUAGUUCAUUUUCUCUCGAACCUAUUGACUGAUUUUAGAAAAUAUAUUUUUGAAUUGUAGUUCAUUUCCUCGGGAAUAUAACUCUUUGUUCAGAUGUCGUAGUUUUCAACUUGCUUCAUUUUUAUAUAGAAAGGUGUAAAAAAAUGAAGACAAGGUUUUAUUCAGAACACUCUGUCGAAAAACGAAUAUUUUUACGAACACUCAGAUGUUGCCUCAUCUUUUCUGAACAUAAUUAUUAUCUACAAAAUGAAUAUCAAUAAUUCAGAUAAUCAUUUCUUCUGCAUAGUUUUCCAAUAAAAGGUUUUUUCGAUAGAAAUCGAUAGAUAUACAUUUCAAUGUAAAGAGUAUACUCCACUCAAUGGCCAUUAACGAUGCAAAAUGAUAUAAUUCAAAUGGCCACCAUGGCUACGGUGGCAGCAACAUAUCCUUAACAGUUACUUAAUAAAACACAGUGGCGACAAUUCAUUCAAAUUGAGCUUAAAAAUGGCGAACGAUAUGGCUUCACCAUAGAAAUUAAGAAAACUGACUGGACUGAACUGACACUUUGUCAAAAUUGAAAUUAUUGGACCUGAUAGUAUUUGAUUGUAUAUAGAACAAAUUUAUUCAACUGAAGAAUACUACAGUGACUUAAUAAAAUGGGCCUCACAUUCUGAAUAAAUCCCUGAAAUCAGGUAAAUGGAGAAUGUAAGAAAAAGCCGGCAUAUUUAGGAUCAGCCAAUCAUAAACGAAACCACUAAGCCAGAAAACUUUCCA